UACGAUGAAUCGGAGGCGAUGAAUUGGCGUACACUAGAUGAGCGUGAGAAGAUUCUUGGAGCAGACCACCCAAGCACCUUAAUAAGUGUCAACAACUUGGCUAUUGUGCUAGACUCCCAAGGAAAGUACGAUGAAUCGGAGGCGAUGCACCGGCGUGCCGUUGCGGGAUAUCAGAAGAUUCUUGGACCUGACCACCCAGACACCUUAAUAAGUGUCAGCAAUCUGGCCAGUAUGCUUCAAAGCCAAGGGAAGUACAAGGAAUCAGAGACAAUGUAUCGGCAUACACUAGAGCAGCGCAAGAACAUUCUUGGACCAGACCAUCCCAAAACCCAAUUAAGUGCCAAUAACUUGGCUACGGUGCUGCGGCUCCAAGGGGAUUCUGGCGAUUCUGAGACGGUCGAGCGGCGUGCA